AAUCUAAAUUCACUUGAUCUGAAAAGGGGCGAUCAAUGCGUGUUGCAGGAGCGUUUGCGAUUGCCCUUGUGGCCCAACUGGCCGCCGCCCAAAUCAUUGAUGAGGACUGGUGGAAAAACACAACGAUAUACCAAAUUUACCCAAGAUCGUUUAAGGAUACAAAUGCUGAUGGUAUUGGUGAUCUGAGAGGAAUUUUGCAACAAAUAUACCACCCUGACGUGCUCGGCAUUGGCGCCGUGUGGCUGUCACCGAUUUUCAAAUCACCUAUGAAAGAUUUUGGCUAUGAUAUUUCCGACUUCAGGGACAUUGAUCCAAUUUUCGGCACAAUGGCCGAUUUUGACGCACUUGUUGAGGAUUGCAGAAAAAGAGGUUUAAAAUUAGUGCUUGACUUUGUCCCGAACCACUCGAGCGAUGAACACGAGUGGUUCAUUAAGUCUGUGGCUAGAGAAGAGCCUUACACUAAUUACUACACGUGGCUUGAUCCUAAAGGCUUUAACGAAAGUGGAAGUCCCAUUCCACCAAACAAUUGGCUAAGCGUUUUCGGAGGCUCCGCUUGGGAGUUCAAUGAACAGCGACAGCAAUUCUACCUGCAUCAAUUCACGGUCGGACAGCCUGACCUUAAUUACAGAAAUCCAGCAGUAAUUGAAGAAAUGAACGACAUUCUCCGCUUUUGGAUGGACAAAGGCGCCGAUGGCUUCCGGUUAGACGCCACUCCGCACUUGAUGGAAGACCAAAGCUUCCCUGACGAGCCGCUGUCAAAUGACCCCGAGUUCACGUCUGAUCAGUGGGGCUACCUUUCGCACAUUUACACCACCGAUUUGCCGGAACUUUACGACGUGAUUUACGGAUUCAGAGACGUCGUCGAUCAGAAGCAGGCUGAGCUCGGAAGACAAAUGGUCAUGAUGGUGGAAGCGUACACCAGUUUGGAAAACACAAUGAAGUACUACGGAAGUGGUGACAGAAAAGGAGCUCAUUUCCCAUUCAACUUUGAAUUAAUCACAAAAUUUAAUAAUGAAACGACGGCAGCUGAACUGAAGCAAAUCAUUGACAAUUGGCAAAACAAUUUGCCCGACGGAGCCUGGUCUAACUGGGUGAUUGGGAACCAUGACACAUCAAGAGUGGCCUCUCGACUUGGCCGGGAGUUUGGCUUGGCCGCCGUGAUUAUGGGCCAAUUGUUGCCCGGAACUGCCAUCACCUACAAUGGUGAGGAGAUCAACAUGGAGGACACGUGGAUUUCGUGGAGGGACACAGUCGACCCUCCAGCGUGUCAGGCUGGACCUGAGAACUACCAGAGGUUUUCCAGGGACCCUGAGAGAACACCUUUCCACUGGGACAAUUCAACUUACGCUGGUUUCACCACUUCCGACUCUAACAAACCGUGGCUCCCAGUAAAUGAAAAUUACAAGGAGAUCAAUGUGCGCCAUCAGUUGUAUGAAGGGCCAAAACAACCAUAUUGGAUUUAUGAAAAGUUAAUUGACCUGAGAACAGAAAUAGCAGCUGUUCAGCGAGGAAACUUGACGACCAGCACUGUGGGUGAUAAUAUUUUUGCAUUCACCAGAGUUCUUGCAGACGACGUGCUUGGUUGGGGUCUCUUUGUGGUGGUGAAUUUUGAUUACGCAGAGGUCACCGCAGACGUGACUAGUUCCGUCACCUUAUUACAAGAAGGAACAAAAUUGUUUUACGAAACGGGCACUUUGGAAUCAAAUUACAUUUACUACCAACAGAUUGAUCCAUCGUCAGUGACAAUUCCUGCAAGAGGCGCUUUGGUCUUCCGUUACAUAGUCACCAGUAGUGCUACCUCCGUUGCAGCUUCUUGUUUGUCGUUGUUGUCUGCAUUCCUUGCUCUCAUUAAUUUAUGAUUUUGUUUGAGUUUUAUAUAAAAUAUCUGAUGAAAGUUUUGUAGAUAAAUUACAAAUAAAAAACAUUGAUAAAGUUAGCAAAAAAAGCUUCUUCACAAAAUAACAGAACUUUAUCUUUAUUAAUUGACACACAUAUGCAAUAAUUCAUGUGAUAUCGGUGGAUUCAAAAGAAUGCUUUUUUGCAUAUUUUUUUUCAUUUUAUCAAUUGAAGGUUUAGCAAAUAAAACAAAAUGUCACUUAAAGAU